GAUUCACAAAGGUGAUUCAGAGCGAAAUACAUUUGUUCAUGUAUCUUUAACGAAUGUCGACUGUAUGAGAAAACGUUCUGCCUCGUCCUCUUUUGAUUGGUGCUUGGGAAAUCUCCUCUGGUUUUUCAAGAUGCACUGCAUUUAGUUCGCGUGGCGCAAAUGGUGAUCUGAAUUUGCACUUUGUGCAAUAAAAAGAACAAUGUCCGAACCCCAGGCAUAGUGGACGAUCUAAUCCAGCGCACCUACUUUUUUCUCCAGACCGUUUUCCUUCCUCUUUCUUACUUGAAAAGAGAAGUUGGCUAUCAGCAGAUCAUGCGAUAGCAAUCACUUUUCUCUAUAGUCAGUUGACUUGUAAACCAACUAUUUUCCCACGAAACCGAAGAUAUGGGUAUAAAGUGCAUUUUCCCUGGGGCGCUGAUUCUUUGUGUGAAUGUGGCCAGUAUUGUUCUUAGCAGUGAGCAUGAAGCAGGAACACUCCCCACACUGUCCCAGCUGCCCUUCCUCACUGUGUGGAAUGCCCCUACAGCCCAGUGUAAGAGCCGCUAUGGGGUGGAUCUGGACCUGGGAGUGUUCAACAUAGUGAGCAAUCAGAACCAGAGCUUCAUGGGUGACAACAUCACCAUCUUCUACAAUACUAAACUGGGUCUGUACCCAAGAUACAACCAAGGAGAGGCAGUUAACGGCGGGGUGCCACAGAAUGCCAGCCUGCUGGAGCACCUGAGGGCUACCUCUGAGGACCUCCGGACCUACAUGCCUGACAGAGACUUCCAAGGGCUGGCUGUGGUGGACUGGGAGAGCUGGAGGCCACUGUGGGAGCGCAACUGGGAAGGCAUGAAGGUUUAUUGGGAGGGGUCCAGGGCCCUAGUGAGGGCCAAGCACCCAGACUGGAGCCCUGCCCAGGUGGAGGUGGUGGCCCGCAAGGAGUUUGAGGAUGCAGCACGGGCGUUCAUGGAGGGCACCCUAAGGUUGGGGGAGCAGGAGAGGCCCAAGGGGAUGUGGGGCUUUUAUGGCUUCCCCUCCUGCUAUAACUACUACAAAAACACAACAUAUAACUACACAGGGGAGUGUCCUCAGAUAGAGUUGAAGAGGAAUGAUGAUCUGUUCUGGCUGUGGAACGUCUCCUCUGCCCUCUACCCAGAUAUCUACCUGGAUCUUGGGAUGCGUGGUCUUGGCAACAACAUCCUCCUCUACACACACCACCGUGUCAUGGAAGCCAUGAGGGUGGGCGCGCAGGUGACCCCCAUGGCCCCCCCUGUGUUUCCGUACGCCCGCAUUGUCUACACUUACUCUCUGGAGUUCCUCUCUCAGGAGGUCCUGGUCUACACAAUUGGAGAGAGUGCUGCUUUAGGAUCUGCAGGGAUCGUACUGUGGGGAGACAAUGCCUUCUCCAAAUCUAAGGCGAAUUGUGAGGCAAUCAAAGACUACCUGGAUGAAACCCUGGGCCGUUACUUGGUGAAUGUGACCACAGCAGCUACUCUGUGUAGCAGGAUGGUGUGCUCCUCUCGGGGCCGAUGCCAGAGGAGAGACAAAGGCUCCCGUGCCUACCUCCACCUGGACCCCAGCGCCUGGACUGUGGUGCCUGAGAAGAGGCCAGAGGGGGGGCAACGCUACAGGGUGCUGGGCCAACUGAAGCCACGUGAGGCUGUGUACAUACAGACCCACUUCCAGUGCCAAUGCUAUCCUGGCUGGGGAGGUAAACACUGCUCCAAGCCCCUGUAGUUCUGAUCGAGACAAUCCCCUUGUGUUUAAAGGAGCAUCGGUUACAUUACGCUACAUUACGUUAGCCCACUCUGGUUACUGUACUCACUCUUAUGCGACACAUUAUACCCAGUCCUGAGCCAAUAAGGUAUAGCAGUAUAACAAUUAUAACCAGCGUUGCUGCAUUCGUGACCCUCAUUCAGACUCCCCCUGCUCAACACCAAUCUGCCUCUGACCACUCCAGAUAGGUGGGUUACAUGUUACCAGUUGGAUGAGUUUACUAGUGAGGGAUGAAGUGAUAUGAUAUUAUGAACAGUUUAUUUGUAGAUCAUUGAGAAAGCCAGGAAUAAACCAUAGUUGACAUUGACAUUUAAGCACAUGUCUGUCUAGAAAAUAGUUUCCAGACAUUUUACAAAAGUAGAAAUGUAAUCUCGUUAAAUUACAGUUUAUGACCUGGGAUUAUUGCUAUUGGUUUCAAACACGUCACAGAAAAUCAGUGGUUAAGCUUGAAUCCGUUGUUGAAACAAUAACAAAGGGGUCAUUCCGCCUCUGUUUCGGUAAAAAGCUGAGGGAUGGGCCUUCUAGAAGUGUAAUCACUCUCAAAUGUAUAGACAGAGCUAUGGAUGCAAGGACUGACCAUCCAUAAAAUCAAAAUUAUAGUUUUAACCAUGUUUUGAUGCUAUACAGUGUUUAACAACAUUAGAGUAAGACAAGAUUAUAUUUUGGGUUCUGAUGGGGUAUGCGAGUUGAGCUAAGCUCAUGAUGCAUUUACAAGUUAUAUUCUUCAAGAAUCAAUGGGUAUAUAUCAUUCAUAAGUCCAAAAAUGGAUGUAGCAACUAAGGAUUCUAGCUUUAAAAUAAUGCUUCAUUUGGGGACUUUAAGUUUUUAAAGCUAUUAGAGCUAAGGAGAUCCACAUCAACUGGAGUGGUGCUUGACAGUUUCAGCUGUUAGCUAAUGGCAAAGGGAUUCUUGAGCACCACAAAUGUACUCAGCAAUUUACCAGAACCCUGUGGGCGUAUACGUGACUCAUUAGAAAUGUGAUGCAAUGUACUCAUGAUUGAUACUGUAUAGGUGAAUAUAUUAUCUACCAGAUACUUCAACUGAAAUGUUUUUGAAUUUUACAUUCAAUAAAUGAUUUCACUGGCAUAUCUGUACUAAAAUCACAAUAGGAAGUGGGCUUAAACCAUUUCAGCACAGCUGCAUGUGAUAUCCCAACCUCACACCACAGUGGACCUAUUAUGGAUGCUUGGUACCCACACUCUAUUUAGAAAGAACAUUGUUAUUUGUAUACUCGUGUGUGAGCUGUUAGCAGAGGAGUAGCAUGCUGAGCUCUGACAGGAUUCUCUGGGUUUCCUACUGUAGGUCUGUGACCACCAGGUGGUGGUAUGUAAUAAUUAAACUGAAACAAGAGUUUACCCAAGGCUUUAUAUGUAGCUACUACUGGUCACCACAGCUCAGAGUGGAUUAAGUGGCUCUUUGCAAAAGAUAAUUGGCCCACAAAAAUGUAUGGAUAAUUUUAUGCCUCAGUUUCGAAGAGCUCUAAAUAUGAGUGCUUAUCCACUGUAUUGAACUAACAGACACUGACAGACACAGUCUCAGUGUCUUCUUAGGAACAUGUGGCGACCCUGAUGCCCUUGAUUGAUUUUCACGCAGCAUGUAAGACCCUGUCUCUUCUGAUAGCUGCUGUUUCAAUAUGGUGUGGUUGGCUGUAAUUUGGCUUUCUCCCUGGAGGAUGGGCUUGCUCUUUCCCACUUCCCUCUUUAUCACAGCAGACUGGAUUGGGGGGAAAUGAGAAAGAUAUCCAAAGGCUGCUGUUUCCACACACUAUUAUUCCCAUAUAUGGAAACUAGGAAUAUAUAGGAACCUUUUAGAAUCAUUAAAACUGUGGUUUUGGCC